AGAAAUCCAGGUAUCGAUACUUUAUCACUGUGUGUUUCAGAUGUCAGCCUGUCUGCGGCAAGAUCUUUUUUGUGCCAUGCUUAGGAAGAGAGAACGACAACAGGUGAGAAGCAGCACCUCUAAAACCAGGGUGUUUGUAUGAGUCACGUCCGAACGUUGUUUUUUCUCGGCGAUGCCGUUGGUAUGUCCGGAGUGCAAUGAGAUAUUGUGGUUCUGUGUUUCGUGGGCAAGAUUCCUUUUCUUGCAGCGUGACCCUCGUGCUUGUUCGUAUCCGUCGGAUUUAACGGCGGCAGCGGCACUUAACUGGAUACGCUAGCCCCGCACAGCAGUCUGUUGACUCAAGUCUCCCUUGGGUAGAGACGCAGCUGCCUGAAACCCACGCUUUUUUGGAUUUACAAAGCCAGAACCGCCGACUCCACGGCUCGCACUGCAACUGGGCCAAAAAAAUGAGUUGCUUCCGACCUAUGACUGCAGGAGAUCUUUUCAGAUUCAACGCCGUCAAUCUGGAUGGGUUCACUGAGACGUUUCUCCAAAGCUUUUAUCUCCGCUACCUCUCCAACUGGCCCGAGCUGUGCAUUGUCGCUGACGCACCAGAUGGAACUGUGGCCGGGUACAUUAUAGGCAAGGUCGAGGGAAAAGGUAUGGACUGGCACGGCCAUGUAACUGCCCUUUCAGUGGCGCCCGAGUUCCGCAAGUGCGGUCUUGCGCGCAAGUUGAUGUCUUUUUUGGAAGACAUUUCGGAGAAAAAGUUCAAGUGUUAUUAUGUUGAUCUCUAUGUCCGCGUGUCGAACAGAGUGGCCGUGAACUUCUACAGGGAUCUCGGCUACCGUGUGUGGAAAACAGAGAAAGGCUACUACUCUGGACAAGAAGAUGCGCUGGAUAUGCGCAAACCUCUCUCCCACGACACGGAUGUGCUGUGUCUUAAAGGUGCCGAAGAGCCGCUCUGAUGUCUUGCGCUUCAUCCUUGUGGGUCUUUUCCAGACUUUUUCAGUAAUAUCUCAAGCUGGAUGAUGCGGAGUGUACACGCUACUGACUCAGUGUGACGCUGUAUGUGUUGCGCAAAGGGAAGAAAUGCCUCGCCACUGGUGGUCCAUUCGCGUCAGGCAAAAAACAGCCAAAUAUCCGAAUACUUGAACGCACAGCCAGUCGAAUUAUCUUCAGUGUGUCAGGC